AUGUCAAAUGUAACUCAUAAAUCUAUCGUUCAACUUAAAAAAGAGGCUAAAGUUAUUUAUGAGCCUAAUCGUUUUAGUAUAAAGCAAUGGUUAACUUCAACAUACAAAAUACUCGAUGUGGCAAAAUUAGCAAAAGAAACUAAAGAGGAGAAUGCCCUCGAAACUGUUUAUAUAAAUAAUAUAAGAGCUACAAGUAUAUUAUUAGAAAUAAUACCUAAACACAGAGACUAUCAUCUUGAAAUUCAUAAUCGAACAGGAUCAACUUACCCUGAUUUCGUCAAAUUAAAAAGUAGACUUAAUGAGAUUGUGGCUGAAGCCGAAGAGGCGGCUAAAAUAUUGGUAGAAAGAGUACCCAACGAGAAUAUAUUGGAGGGACAAAAAGAUCAGAGAAAUUCGAAUUUAUCAUCAUCAUCGAAUAACUCCAUUCAAAUGCCAAUGCCUCAACUUUCACCAGAUGGAUCAUUAAAUUCAAAUUCUGCAUUAGAUGAACAUUCAAAUUAUGGUCUUCCUCGUUCACCUGUUUAUAUAGUAUCAGAAAAUAUGAUUGGUAGUGUAUCUUUAGAUAAUUCCUCAGAUUCAAUGAUUCCAAUGACUCCAUCUGUUGCAGAAAGAUUAAAAAGUUUACAAAAUAGCGGUUUAAACGUUGAUAGUGUGCAUCCAAAUAUCAAUAAAUCGCUUGCUAAAGAUACUUCAUCUACGUUGAGUGGUAUUGAUUUUAAUACUUCGACUUCACCAAAAUUAUUCAUGCCAACUCCGAUUCCAACUCCUCCUACAUCUGUUAGUAAUGAUAAUUCAAUGCAUAAUAAAAUAUCAUCUUCACCUACUACGUUAUCAACUGGAUCGAAUGCUCAAAAAUCCAAUGUUGAUCCUUUCCUUGAUUUAAAGGUUUCGAAUUCAAUAAGUGCUGGGGAUCUGUUAAAAAUUUUCAAUAAAACUGAUCAUCCUCCAACUAUAUUAAUACUGGAUGUUAGAAAUAGGGAAGAAUUUGAUGUAGGACAUAUUAAAAUCGAUAAUAUAGUUUGCUUGGAACCACUCAUUCUAGCGGAAGGCAUAGACCUGGAAAAUAACCGUUUAAUACUUUCUCCAGCAAAAGAACAAGCAUUAUUCAAGGAUCGUGAUAAAUUUGAUUUGGUUGUGCUCCACGACAAGGAUUCGACUUAUGUUCCAUCAACAGGAAAAUUUAAUUCACCUUCAGCAAUUGGACGUGAUAAUGCUUUGUCAUAUUUAAAGUCGGCGAUUUAUGAAAAUGAUUAUCAAAAAAAAUUACGAAGACAGCCUGUUUUAUUAAAUGGAGGUUAUGUAGCUUGGAAACGUUUAGCUGGUGAUAAUUGGAUCGAGAAAUCUAAUACUAUUAUUCAAAGUAAUGGAAUCACCAAUAAUGACAGUGGUACUGAACCGAUAAAUGUACCUAGAGAUAGGACAUCGUUAAAUAACGACCUUUCAAAGAGAAACGGGUUUGUAAUUGCAAAUGAGGAUUCUGCUUGGGCUGAAAAUAUGAAUAUAAGGCCAGUAAACUCUCCUUCUAAAACAAAUGAUAUUAUUAGUAAAAUACAAAACAAUGAACCUAUUAGCUCUGGUAGAGCUCAUUAUAUUACAAAUAUAUUUGAACUAUCGAUGACUGAAUGUAACUAUGUGGAGCAUUCAUCAAAUAAUUCUUCUAUACCUUUUCAAUCUAUGCCUACCCCGAAUAAAAUUAGUUCAGAAUUGUCGUCUUCGCCAAAAGAUUUAUCAUCGAUUUCGAAUGAGACAAAAAUUAAUCCGGAAAGCAUUUCUACGUUAAAUUCAUCUCAAUCUGGUAGCCAACUAAAACGUCGUACAACUAGAUUUGAUAAUCCAUAUUAUAGCUUUAGUGAAGUAAAAAAUCCAAAUUAUGUAACUAAACCACCAAAACCAAGUCGUCAGCCUCCACCAAUACCGUCUCCAAAUAGACCUUUGCCUCAACCUCCUGAAUCAUCCUCGAAAGGACAAAAUAUAUCAAUUCCUUCACUUAAUAAUAAUGAUUCUACACCGAGUCAACAUAUUCCUAGUUUAGGACAAACUAGUAUGCAACAAAGACCGUCCUCAAGUGCCGGUCAUCAUCAACGAUUCCCAACUUCUGAUAGUAGUUUUUCUCAAUUGGGAUCAGGAAUUGGGUCAACUGGGUUAAAAAAUCUCGGGAAUACUUGUUUUAUGAAUUCUGUUAUUCAAUGUUUAAGUGGUACGGUUCCAUUUGCUAGAUACUUUUUGGAUGGUAGUUAUAAGCGACACAUCAAUAAGACCAAUCCUUUAGGAACUAAAGGAGUAUUAGCUGAAGCAUUUGCAACAUUAAUUAGAGUGUUAUGGAGUGAACAAUAUAAUUUUGUUUCUCCUGUUUCAUUCAAAACAGCAAUUGGUCGAUUUUCAUCACAAUUUUCUGGUACGGAACAACAUGAUUCUCAAGAAUUUCUUGCAUUUUUAUUGGAUGGUUUACAUGAAGAUUUGAAUCUUAUUGUGAACAAACCAAUAAUUCCUGAUAUGACUCCUGAAGAAGAACAACAAAUGGAACAAAUGGAAUGCAUUUCUCCGCAGAUUGUAUCAGAAAUAGAAUGGGAAAAAUAUUUGAGGCGUAAUUCUUCUGUGGUGGUUAGUCUGUUUCAAGGACAAUUUCGUAAUACUUUAAGAUGUUUAACUUGUAAUAAGACAUCUACAACUUAUAAUGCAUUUAUGUACCUUUCAUUACCAAUUCCUCCAAAUUAUAAUGGAGGGAGUGUAACUUUACAUCAAUGUCUUGAUGCCUUUAUUAAAGAGGAAAUAUUAGAUGGAGAUGAUGCUUGGAACUGUUCUAGAUGUCGAUGUCCAAGACGGGCAAUAAAACAACUUAGUAUUUCAAGGUUACCAGAUGUUUUGUUGAUACAUUUAAAAAGAUUUUCGUUUAGUGGACCGUUUAGAGAUAAAUUGGAAACUAUGGUUAAUUUUCCUAUGAGAGAUUUAGAUUUAACAUCAUAUGUACCAACUCCUAUUGAAAAACCUACGUCAAUUGGAUGUAACACUCAACAUGAAUUACCGGGCACAGGAGCUGGGAAUCAUCAUUCUCUACAACAAUCUGGACCUUUUGUAUAUGAUUUAUUUGCUGUUUCGAAUCAUUAUGGAGGGUUAAAUGGUGGACAUUACACUGCUUGUGUAAGAAAUGGAUAUAGGCAUGAAUGGCACAACUUUGAUGAUAGUAGGGUAUCAAAAUAUGACGAAAGCAGUGUUGUGGUGAAUAUAAUUUUACUUUAA